AUGGCGUUAGAAGAAGGAUCUAUGAAUACUGAAGGUUCGAAUAAUGAAGGCAAUAAUAGAGGUAAUAAUGGAGGUAAUCAGAGAGGAGGCAAUAAUGGAGGUAAUCUUGACCCUUAUUUCAUAGCAGCUUCUGAUAAUCCUACUUCUUCGUUAGUUGCUACUGUAUUCAAUGGUGUCAAUUACAUUCGCUGGAGCAAAAAUGUUAGACGUGCUUUAAUUGCGAAAAAUAAAGAAGGUUUCAUUAAUGGUGAAAUCUUGAAACCUUCUGUAACUAACAAGGUUUAUCAAAAAUGGAAGCGUGUUGAUUUCAUGGUGGUAAAUUGGAUUUUAAGUUCCAUGAAUGUUGAAUUAGCAGAUGAUUUUGGAUAUAUAGAUACUGCUAUUGAUUUGUGGAAAGAAUUAGCUGAAAGAUUUGGACAGUCUAAUGGACCUCUAAUCUAUCAACUAAAGAAAGAAAUAGAUAAUCUCAGACAAGAAAACUUGACUAUAGUUACUUACUAUGGCAAAUUAAAGAAGUUAUGGGAUGAAAUGAACAGCCUCAGAGCUUUUCCUUCAUGCAUAUGUGGUGCAUUAAAUAAUUGCAGCUGUUCUUUUCUAAAGAAACUGGCUGAUUUUGAGGAUGAAGACAGGAUGAUGAAAUUUCUUCUUGGUCUUAAUGAAGGAUUUGACAAUACUAUUACUAAUGUAUUGUCAAUGGAUCCAUUGCCUGGCAUAUAUAGGGUUUUCUCUAUCACUCAGCAAAUAGAGAAACAGAAAGAAGUAAGUAGCAUGGUAGCUGAUAAUAAUGCCAUGAUUAGUAGUGCUAUGGUGGCUCAGGCUUACAAAGGAAACAUUCAUAUGCAAGGAAGGAAGGACUGGAGAGAAUUAAAGAAAGAAAAGAUGAACAAGCAAUGUAGUCAUUGCAAAGGAAAGGGACAUACAGCAGAUCAAUGUUUCCAGAUCAUAGGGUACCCUGAAUGGUACAAUGCCAUUAAAGCUUCAAAAGGAAAUCAAUCUCAUGGUGCCAGACUUGCUGCUAAUGUGUAUUCUACACAAGACAUGGCUGAAACUGAUCCUCUUGAUAGCACAAAUGAAGUUACUGGAGUUAAUUCUGACAUGUUAAAUGCUAUUUGUCAGGAAGUCAUGAAGGCUAUGAAGGGUAAACAGGUUCAAGUUGGAGAUUCUAGUGGUAUAUCAUGUGCUAACUAUGCAGGUAUUACAUCCCAUUCUUUUAAUUGUCAUGUGAAUGAUUUGUGGAUCAUUGAUUCUGGUGCUUGA